GCCACUAAAAAAUUUGAAACCCAUAUUGUCGGCGUCAGAAUCAGUACAGCGUUCGGAGAAGAAAUAGAACCCAAUUUUCAGACGAAACCAACCGUCUUCGGGCCUAGAAUAUACGGCAAAGGUAAAAUCGCAGCUCCAGAUAGAAACACAAAUGAAAAUAUCUGUUACGGGUUGACAGCAUUCACAGAGCCCGGUGAAAAGGAAAUGCUACAAAACUCGAUGGUGAUUAGCCUAAGCCAGCAAAAUGACAAAACAUUCGAAUACCUCGGAGAGUACUCAAAAAAGAUUUCCUUUCAAAAUGGACGCAUUACAGAACCGUUUCCUCUAAAGGAUAACGUAUUGCAACGGGAAGAUAGCUACGCAGCAUCCAUUCGCCGCUUGAAUCUCUUCAAAAAACGCUUCAGCGAGACUCCGAGCAGCAUAGCUGGUACUGCAAAAUACUUCAAAAGUACGUAA